GCCCAAAUUCAAGCAGUCCCGGUUGGUUUACCCGUUUACCCAAUUAAACCGGAAACGGAGCCAAAACUCGACUGGGUCACCACCUUACUGGUGUAGUGGUGUCCGCUUUCAAUGCAAAAGCCUCAAAUUUGGUUUCGGCUUCUCCGAUGCAUUUGCAUGUCUUGUCGAACUGAAAGUUUGGGACUUUCCCCUCUACCUUCCGCUGGGUAUUCGCGUUUUCUUCACAUCUUCGCGUCUACGGGUAUAGGAACUAGCGAUUAAGCUAUCUUCUCACUGGACGCAUUCACUGAAAUUCCCAAAGUUUGGAUCUUGGAUUUACUGUUCGUAACGAGGAGAUGGAUCGUGUCAGCAAUCUACCAGAGGAGGUUCGGUGCCAUAUAUUGUCCUUCCUUCCCACCAAGCACGCUGUUUUGACUUCGGUUCUCUCCAAGAGCUGGCUCAAUCUGUGGAAAUUUGAAACUAAUCUUGUCAUUGAUGACUCUGAUUUUCUUCAUCCGGAAGAGGGUAAAGGGGAAAGAGAUGAAAUUCGACAGAGUUUCGUGGAAUUUGUGGACGGAAUAUUGGCUUUGCAGGCUGAUUCUCCUAUUGAGAAGUUCUCCCUCAAGUGUAUAACUGGUGUUCAUCCAGAUCAUGUGAAUCGUUGGAUAUGUAAUGUGCUGCAGCGUGGUGUUUCGGAUCUUUAUCUUUUCACUGAUUUUUCCGACGAGGAUACCGAAGAGGAUGAUUAUAGGCUACCUCUACAGUUGUUCGUCAGUAAGACACUGGUUAAGCUGAAAUUAAGAAGUGAACACUGUGUUAAUUGGUGGUGGCAUUGGGAGAUGGGCGCUUCCUUACCAAUGCUUAAAAGUCUUAAUAUUGACUCGGACUUGAUUUUUUGUGGUGCGAUGGAGGACUUUCUUCAUUCUUUCCCUGUGCUUGAGGAAAUACACAUGGCUAAUAUGGAGUGGCGGGAAUCAGAUGAAAGUGAAACCAUGUCAAGUGCAAGCCUCAGGAAGCUAAGUAUCCACGGCACCGGUGUUGAAGAGUUUGAAAAUCCAAAGAGUAUUUCUUUUGAUACUCCAAGUCUGCUUUACUUGAACUACUCUGAUUUAGUUGCGGAGGAUUAUCCAUUAGUUAAAAUGGGGAAGUUAUUUCAGGCUCGAAUCAAUCUUAUAGUAAAAAAUGAAGAUCAGAUCAAGCGGAUAAGAGAGCCAAAUAAUGAUUUGUUGGAGGAUGAUGAGGGUGAUGUUGUUCUUCAAUUUGGCAAUGUGGUGAAGCUCAUGAACGGCAUACAAAAUAUUCAGAAACUUUACUUAACUGCUGAUACUCUCGAGGUUCUUACUAAGUGCUGUGAAUCGAUGCCUGUUUUCAACAACCUCAAAAUCUUAGGUCUUAAGAGUGACGAGGGUCGGGGUUGGCAAGCAGUGCCAUCUAUUCUGAGAAACUGUCCACAUCUAGAAUUUCUAAUCAUUGAGGGUCUCUUACACUAUGUGACAGAAAAAUGUGGGGAUGCUUGUGUCUGCAUUUCUCGGGAAGACAAAGGUCGUUCGCUCAUAUCUUGUCCAGUGAAGAAGUUGCAGGUUAGUGGGUUUCGAGGAACAAUUAGAGAGAAAGAGAUGAUAAGGCAUUUCUUGGAGUAUUUCCCGUGUGUGGAUGAGAUGGAGAUAGAUGCCGAAGAGGAUGAUUCUACAAACUUUGAAGUGCCUAGAAUUUUAAAAAUUGUUGCCUAUAAGCUCUACGACGUGGUCUCGACAGAGAUAGUUGGACAUUGGAAGAGUUCGGCACAAUCUGGGGGUUGGUCCCAGACCCAGAUGGAUGAGAUGUACUCUGAGUUCGCUCCCCGCAAUAAAGAGCGUAUUUAUGAUAUGGUCUUCAUGAUGCGUAGAGCUUCUUCCCCAGUUCCUCCUCCUCUGCCACAAGAGAUGUCUCAGGACUACCUUCAGAUGCAACUUGAAGCUGCGGAUCUUAAGGAGAGGCUACGGGACCAAGAAGCUCAGCUUGCGGAUCUUAAGGAGAGGCAACGGGCUAUGUUCGAUAUGAUUGUCGACCAGAACCCAAUGAUAGCAUCAGCGUUGAGGGCUAGAGAGGCAACUGACUCAGAGCGAGCAAAGGGGUCGAGUGGUCAGGAGAUGACCGAGAAGAAGCGGGACUAUGAUGCUCUGUUCGAUAUCAUUGCUGAGCAGAACCCAAUGCUAGCAUCGGCACUAAGGGCUCUGCGUGCAACCGACACAGAGCGAGCUGAGACAUCCAGGGAUCAGGAGAUGACCAAGCUCGGCCAAGCUAGGGCAGCAGAUUUUCUGCCACGAGAUGGAGAAUAGAUUUGCGAUUGUUUUUUUUUUCCAAUUUGGUUCUGUUUGUGUUUAUUUAGUUCGAAUUUCGGUUCAACAUCCUGAAACGAAGCGGCUUGUAAACUCUUCCUCUAAACUUGGACCUUCAUAUCUUGGCUACUCUCUCGACUUUGCAUCUGUACACGGUAGGUGCGGAAGCUAACUGUUCUCUUCUGUUUCUGCUGCUGAUCUUAUACUCCUUCUCGAUCUGUGUUUACAAGUAAUAAAAUUAACUAACUUAA